UUGGUAUCUAAUUACCCAGAAAGUUUAGCUGAGAGAAGAGUGAAGAACAGAGAGAGUUUGAGGAGAGAAUGGUGAGGACACCCAUUUGUGACAAAAGUGGUCUGAGGAAAGGUACAUGGACGGCGGAAGAAGAUAGAAAGCUUAUGGCUUAUGUUACUAGAUAUGGCUGCUGGAAUUGGCGCCAACUUCCUAAAUUUGCAGGUCUAUCAAGGUGUGGGAAAAGUUGCAGGUUGCGAUGGAUGAAUUACUUGAGACCAAAUAUCAAAAGAGGGAAUUACACAAGGGAAGAAGAAGAAACCAUUCUUAAACUACAUGAGUCGCUAGGAAAUAAAUGGUCUGCCAUUGCUGCCAAGUUACCGGGGAGAACUGACAAUGAGAUAAAGAACUACUGGCACACAACACUUAAGAAACGCUUGAAACAAAAGCCAAUCCCCGAUGAUCAAGGAAAAGAAAAAUCUCAAAGUAAAACAAAUACCAAAGAGAAAGAAACAAGUACAAAUAAUCAUCUGAACGGAAGUCCCAUAACUCCUCCCAUUUUUGAAAGCUUGGUAUCCUCCCCGCAACCAACCUCAACAGAUCAGCAAUCCUCUACGUCUGCAAUUGCAAUCGCAAAAAGUGAAGACCGCGACCUGAUCUACGAUCAAGAGUUUACUGCUUUGUUAGGCGAAAGCUUUGUAUCCUCCCAGCAACCAACCUCAAUAGAUCAGCAAUCUUCUACUUCUGACAAUGCAAUCACAACCAGUGAUGACUUGGACAUGGGUUUCGGUGAAGGCAUUACCGCUUGGUUAGGCGAAUGCGAGGCACACAGUGGGGAUUUUUGGACAGAACCGUUCUUGGCAGACAAUUUUCACAUAGCAACUGAGUGUGAGUCUUUGCCUUUGGUCCCUGUGGUCGAUCCAGACUCUGAUGGGGAAUUGUUAUGCCCGCAGUAUUACGGUUUCUAUGAUGAUCCCAUAGCGUGCCUGAUCGACCAAUUAUAGAAAAAGUCUGCUUGUUUUGUAUAUAAUAUUUGUAUUACUAUGUAUCACUUCUUCUAGGCAGUAAUUUUACGGGUUAAUUUAGAAAAAAACAAGUGUUUUGUAAUUUUUACCAUACCAAAUUACAAAACAUUAAUUAUAAUAAAAAAUUAAAAACUCU